AUGGGUUAUGCGAAGCCACCAACACCGUCGCCACAUUCAUCGGACUCUCACAAAAACGACUGGUUUGUGGCUAUGGUUCUUGGUAUCUGCCAUGCUAUGCUCGUACGUAUCGUAUAUCUCUACGUCCCUGAUCCAUAUAUGGAUGAAAUCUUUCACAUACGACAAACAAGGAGAUACUGCAGUGGGAAUUGGAGCUGGGAUCCUAUGAUCACCACUCCACCAGCUUUGUACAUACUAGGAAUGCCGUUUUGUAAUUUUGAACGCUACACGAACAGCGUGCUCAUCGUCUUCGCAUUUGUUGGAUUUUGUCGAUUUCGAAGGAUGUUUACAAGACAAGCGGUGUAUUCGUCUGCGCUUGCAACAGCUCUUCUUGCGGUACUACUUCACUCUUCACUACUAUUCUACACGGAUCUUCUGUCAGUGUGCGCAGUGGUUUGGGGAUUCUCGCUAGAUUCGCCUUUCCUCUCCGCGCUGACUUUUGGGAUAGCUGUGCUGACACGUCAAACGAAUAUUAUUUGGGCUGGAUUUAGUGCGGCCAUUCGCCUUUUCCGAGUGCGAAUACUUUUCUCAUUGUGUUCUUUUGCUGUGGUUGUGCCUGCCCAUCUUAUUGAACCACGAUAUUUUAUUGUCCCAUAUGUGUUGUGGAGACUGUCUGCAAAAUCCACAACGAAUAAGAUUUUUAUCAUAAUGGAGAUCAUCUCACAAUUGUUUGUAUUCGCCUCUGUGUUUUUGUUGUUUCUUCUAAAACCAUUCGAAUGGGGGAACGAACCUGGUGUUAAGCAGAGAUUUAUGUGUGGUGACUCAAGACAGUUUUCUUCUGAUACCCUAGUCAAGAAUAUGUGA